AUGUCGCCCACCAUGGAAAAGACAUCGCCAACAACUGACACAUCAUCCUCCAGCAACAAUGACGACCAUGCAGGCGAUAACAACAACGCCAAGCUGGCGCCAGAGAACAUCCAGCAGCAAGCACUGGCGGUGCUGAAUGACAGCCCUGAAUCACGCGCUCGUGAGCGCGCCUACAUGCGGAAGCUCGACUGUAUAAUAUUGCCAACUAUUUCAGCUCUAUACUUUUUCGAAUAUAUCGACCGGGGGAACAUUGCCAAUGCGAAGCUUUUGGGCAUCUCGGAAGGCCACGAUACCGCCAAAAAUGGUGUCGGCCCCGGUACCGAAAGCCUUAAUUCGACCCAAUGGCAAACAGUGGUUAUGAUUUUCUAUGUCGGCUUAGUGCUCUUUCAAGUUCCUGGUUGUUUGGGUUAUCGUGUUUUUCCUCCGUCCAAGACGGCCACAUUCAAUCUAGCUGGUCUUCUUGUUUGUCGGAUUAUGCUGGGUGUUUUUGAGGGGCUUUUUGGAACUGGUAUCGUUUAUUAUUUGAGUUUGUGGUAUCGACGCGAUGAGCUGGGGAUGCGAGUGUUUUGGUUUCUAGGGCCCACCGCCGUGGCUGGUGCAUUCGGCGGUCUCAUCUCGUACGGUGUUGGACACAUUAACUCUCACGUGCAAAAUUGGCAGCUCUUGUUCAUUAUCGAGGGCAUUCCGGGCUUCUUGCUCGGUGCAUUCUGUUUGUACUGGUUGCCUGACAGACCUUUGAAAAACUCGCGCUUUACAGAGGAACAGAGUGAGGUUGCUAUCGCACGGUACCGGCGCGAUGCGUAUGAUCGUGCAGGCAAGAUUCAGAAGAAGCACGUCAUUUGGACGUUGACAGAUUGGAAGCUAACGAACAUAGCGGCUAUUUACAUCCCAACUGCGGCGCUACUUUCGUCGAUUUCGGGCUUUUUGCCUACCCUUGUUCAGAAUCUUGGAUACAAAACUUCUGCCAGCGCUAACCUCAUGACCGUCCCUCCCUACGCAUGCGCUUUUGCUCUCAUGUACAUCACAUCCUACACGUCCGACCGUUUCCGUGACCGUGGUUGGCACAUCGUAACACUUUCGGUUGUCGCUGCGGUUGCGUAUGUCUGUCUAGCGACCCUAGGCGAGGACAAACUGCACGCGAAAUAUGGAAUGAUGUGCGUUGCCGUCGCCUGCGUCUACUCCACCUAUCCUCCUACCCACGCCUGGACAGCCAACAAUUUCGGUAAUGAAACUAAACGCGCCAUCGGAAUGGGUAUCUAUACUUCUAUCGGCAAUCUGGGAUCUAUUGCCGGCAGCUUCUUCUUCCCAUCCACUCAAGGUCCUCAAUUCAGACAGGGCCACUGGGUUUGCUUUGCGAUGAGUGUCGCAACAGCGUUCAUCUCUCUGGUAAAUCAUUUACUUCUUGCGAGGGCUAAUCGGAAGAGAGACGAGAAAUAUGGCAAACCCGAUAAGGAUAUAGUAAUUGAUGUUAGUGAGGAAGCAGACCGGAAUGUAAUGUUCCGAUUUAUUACCUAG